AUGAUGGCAGAAGAUACAACAGGAACUAGGCGCUACUGCAAGCGUGUUUAUUUGCAUGCUGCUAUGGGACAACAGGAGUCUGAAGAUAUAUACUAUCUACAUAAGAUCCUUAAAUUGGUUGUGGAAAAGAUGAAUUUAAUUGAUGUCUUACCCAAGAAAGCAGUUGAAGAAAGAAAAAGGUUCAAAAGUAGUCCAACAGUAGAGAAGAACAAGAAGGUGGAGAUUGUGAAGAACCAGAUAACCCAGGAGUUGGAAGAGUUCAUUACGAAUAAGCUGAAGGGGAAAGAAGCGAAGGUGGUGAUCCAGAAAACGUUGUACAAAAGUGAUCUGGAGAAAAACCAGAACAGGUUGAGUAUGCCGAUGAAACAAGUGAUCAAACCGGAUGAGUUCUUGAGGAAAAAUGAGAAAGAAGAUUUGGAGAAGGGAAAGGAGUUUGAAGUGAAAUUGUUGGGGCCAAGAUUGGAGAUGCAUAAGAAGCCGAUGAUGUUGAAGAUGUGGCACAUGAACAGCACCAGCAACUACGUCCUUAAAACCGAGUGGAACCGCUUUGUGAAGGCGAAUAAAAAGGAUUUGGAGAUAAACAAAAAGAUUCAGGUUUGGUCGUUUCGCAUAGAUGAGAAGCUGUGCUUUGCAAUUGCAUGUUUCGACAGAGAUGUUGACGGACAAAACGACGCCGCUGCAACACCCAUCAUUUAG